AUGCCACCAAAAGGGAAAAGAAAGGCCAGAGAAGAAACCCCAGAGGAGAACGAUGGGGCAGUCUCUCCGCCUCCGGUGAAACGACCCAAUGCUGGCAAAUCUUCUGCUGCCGCAACUAGUUUCUUCACUCCAACCUCCCAGAAAGCAUCUCCCAUUGAAUUUAUCAAACAUGGAAGUUUGCUCGCUGCUUUAUGGGAACCGGUGGCAUCGUCUUCGAAGGCCGUGACCGCGCCACUAAACGAUGGCAAAAUUAAAUUUGCGGGAUUCGAUUUGGACUCCAAUUUGAUAUCUACCAAGAGUGGCAAAACAUUUGCCAGAGAUGGCGAAGACUGGAAGUGGUGGCAUCCAACCGUACCAUCGAAGCUCCGGGAGAUGUUUGAAGACGGAUACCGAAUUGUCAUCUUCACAAACCAAAAUGGUUUGAAGGCCAGUGGCUCGAAGGCCGAUGAUAAAUUAAAGGAGUGGAAGAAGAAGAUCAACUACAUUGUCACAGCUCUAAAUCUACCUAUCCAUGUCUACGCCGCGACUGAAACGGAUAGCUAUCGAAAACCACGGACAGGGAUGUUCGAACACUAUCUUUCUGAACUAGGAGCAGAUGCGCCCUUGGUUGACAUGGACAGUUCGGUUUUCGUUGGCGACGCCGCUGGGAGAAAAGGAGACUUCUCUGCCGGUGAUCGGAAAUUUGCGGAAAACCUUGGCCUCAAAUUCCUUACACCAGAGGAGUUGUUCUUGAAUGAGGAGCCGAGGCCAUAUGAACUUGAUCUCGACCCUGCUAGUUUACCUAGGUCGACCGUAGCCCCAGCUUUCGAGAAGCAAUAUCCCUUAGAAGUAGUGGUUCUCUGCGGCCGCCCAGGUUCCGGCAAAUCCACACUUACGAGAAAAUACCUUGUACCUCUUGGCUACGAGCGUAUCAAUCAGGAUAUUCUAAAAACGAAAGAUAAGUGCAUCAAAGCCGCCCAAGGUUUUCUGAAGGAAGGCGAAAGCGUUGUAAUCGAUGCUACUAAUUCCUCACGAGAUACUCGAGCGGUCUGGAAGGGCGUGGCUGAUAAAGUCAAAGGUGCUACUUUCAGAUGCAUAUAUCUGACGACUUCAGAGACGCUCUGCUACCAUAACGAUGGUGCCAGGGCAUAUUCUGGUAUGAAGUCGUUGAAUCCCGAAAACCGAACAUCGGUGGGGAGCAUGGCCUUCCGGACCUUCAAGUCUAAAUUCCAGGAACCCCAUGUUAACGAGGGUUUUAAGGAUAUUACCGUAGUAGACUUUGAAUUUCGUGGAACAGAUGCCGAAUUUGACGUUUGGAAACGCCACUGGGCGCCGUAA